CUUCUUCUCUCAUUCUCUAUCUCUCUUUCUCUCUCUCUCUCGUUUACUCUUUUUCCAAGAAUUAAAUUAAUGGGAGGUUAUAGAUCGAAGAAAAUGGAAGAUGAAGUAGCCAUAGAAGAAGCUGCAUCAGCUGGAAUGAAAUCCAUGGAACAAUUGCUUCGACUUUUAUCAUCUUCAUCUUCUCAACCUCAACGUGAAGCUGAGUGUAGAGAAGUUACAGAAGCAACAGUUGGUAAGUUUAAGAAACUCAUCUCUGUUCUUAAUCGUACUGGUCAUGCUCGUUUUCGUCGUGCACCUAAUCUUUCUCUCUCCUCUGACUCGUCAAACUCAACUGAUUCACCUCCUCCUCCUUCUUCUUCAUUUCAACCACCAGUACAACCACAGCUUGCAAUUUCUCAACCAGAGAAACCAAUUCCUGUGAGAGUUGUUAGACAAUCUCACCAACCAGUUACUCUAGAUUUUACAAAACCUAACCCUAACCAGUGUACUUCUGUUUCUAAUUCGGCGUCGUUUAGUAUUUCAUCAUCGGCGAAUUCAUCGUCGUUUUUAUCUUCGAUUACUGGUGAAGGAAGUGUUUCUAAUGGAAAACAAUUUGGAAUUGGAUCUAUGUUUGUUCCUCCUCAUCCUCCUUCAUCUUCUUCUGGUUUCUCCGGAAAACCUCCGCUCUCUAAUUCUUCAUCUUCUCAUCAUAAUAAAAGUUGUCAUCAUCAUCAUCACCGACAUCAAGAAUAUUCCGAUGAUUUUUCCGGCAAACUUUCCGGCUCUACUCGCUGUCACUGCUCCUCCAAGCGUAAGAAAUUGAGAGUGAAGAAAACCAUCAGAGUUCCUGCUAUUAGCUCUAAAACUGCUGAUAUUCCUGCUGAUGAUUUUUCUUGGAGAAAAUACGGCCAAAAACCAAUCAAAGGAUCUCCUUACCCACGAGGAUAUUACAAGUGUAGCACAGUAAGAGGAUGUCCGGCGAGAAAGCAUGUAGAAAGAGCAACAGAUGAUCCAACGAUGUUAAUUGUAACUUAUGAAGGAGAACACCGACACUCACCUGUACCUGCAUCACACGAUAACAUUUCUCACCAUCUACCAGUGGUCCCCACUACUGCAUCACCGGCAUGGUUGGUCCCUUUGCAGUCUCACUCUAUUUUGACUUUGUCUGACUGACUGAGAUUAAAGAAGGUUUUAGGGGGGUAAAUUAGGAAUUUCUGUUCAACUGUAGUAAUUUAAUCAAUUUAAGACGGACUCCUUUUUUGUAUGUACUAUAAGUAUAAUAUUAUUAUUAUUAUCA